AUGACACUUUAUCAUUUUGGUAAUUGUUUGGCUUUGGUCUAUGUACCAUAUCACAUGGCAUAUAAGUUUUCUGGGAUAUCAGAGUAUGCUUCGUUUUCAAAAUGCGUUUAUGCAGGAGGAUUAUAUAUUUUUACACAACUAUGCAAAAUGCUAUUACUAGCAACUUUCUUCCCUGAUUCUGAUAACAGUCACGAAAGUGGUGAAUAUGAUGUGUUACUAGAGAUACUAAAAGCAACAGUAGACUUUGCUGACCUCUUUGGUCUUUACUUUGCUUUAAACUCCAUCCCUGGUAAAGGACAUGCAAAGAUCUUAACUGCAGCUGUCGGAUGGGCCAGCGCUGAGGUGCUGGUGACCCGCAGCGUGUUCCUGUGGGUGGGUGCUCGCGGCUCGGAGUUCUCGUGGCGCUACGUGCGGGCGUGCGCGGAGGCCAACGUGUCGCUGCUGCAGACGGCGGGCUGCGCGACCCUGGUGUGGCUCCGCGCCCGCAGCGAUCUCCCGCCGCGCCUGGCGCCGCUGGUGUUGUCCCUGCUGCUGCUGGCGCCCUACCGCUCGCUGCUGGAGGACGCGCUGGCCGCCGCGCUGUCCCUCUCCCCCUGGCCGCUGCUCGCGCUACGAGCGGUUCACGCAGCGGUGGUGGCGCUCGCCGCACUAGCAGCAUACGCAGUACUAGCGCAGCAGAUAGCGGUCUAG